UUAUCCAUGGUGGUCACAUCUUUCUAUACGACCAUCCAACCCGUCACCGAAAUUCAAAUUCCCGCCCCUAUCGCCAACGUGAAAAUCCCAGACUCGGAAAUUCCAAAUCCUCAUUUUCACAUAAAAUCAGAACAAAAAGAAGAUCAAAACCCUAAUGUCAUCAUCAACCACAAACAACAAGAAUAUGAACGACGUUGAUCGUUUAUUCGCAUGCUUCAAGUGCGGUGUAUCACCGCCUCCUUCUGCUUUGAUUGAAAGAAAAAGAAGGAAAAGGAAAUUGGAGAAGGAAAAGUCGAAGAAUGAGAUAGUAUCGGAAUCUCCAAAUCCAGGAUCAAUUGAAGGAAGAGAAGAGAAAACUCCCUUAUCACGCAUCAAAACCACAAACGUCGAAUCUUCCAUAGAGAAACUUAAAUCAGCAAUAGCUAAAACCAAAAGCUGUAGUAGAAGGAAGCAAAUCUCUCCGGUUGUAUUCUAUGGUUCUCCUCAUGGCGUGCCUCCGAAAAAACCAACCAGUUUAUGGCGAUUGUUACAUGAGAUACGUGUUGAUCUCUCCCAGCGAAAUAAACAGAACUUAAGGAAGGAAGUUUGGUUUACAUUCCCUAGGCAGGAUGAAGCAGUAAAAUUUGCCAAAGAACAAGAAGAUGUUCAUCUCUUUAGUUACCAAGAUCACUUUAAUGGCCAGAGAAGGUUCCUUGUGUCUACUUAUACAGAAUUCUGGCGAAGGUACAAAAACAUGCCUUCCAAAUUCCGUCAUCAUUAUGAAGUGAUUCAAGAGGGUUUACCAUGCCACCUUUACUUUGAUUUGGAGUUUAAUACAAGAGUCAACAUAGGAAAGAAUGGAGACGAAAUGGUUGAUCUUUUGAUAUCAGUAGUUUUAGAAGCCUUACAUGAAAAGUAUGAAAUCCAUGGAGAGCGUGAUUGGAUAGUAGAACUUGAUUCUUCAACUAAAGACAAGUUUUCUCGUCAUCUAACAAUACGCAUACCAAAGGCUGCUUUUAAGGAUAACUCUCAUGCAGGUGCCUUUGUUUCAGAAGUUUGCUCAAGAAUUCUAAAUGCAAAGGGGGAAGAUAAAAGUUAUGAAAAGUUAUUUGUAGCAAAAGAUGACAAUGAAUCUGCUUGCCAACUUUUUGUGGAUACUGCUGUAUAUACUCGGAAUCGUUGUUUCCGUCUUCAUCUAUCUUCAAAGGCAGGAAAAAGUUCAAUUCUUUUGCCGACAGAGAGAUUUAAGAGCAAGCACUUGAGUGAAGAAGACAUGUUCAUGGCUUCCUUGAUCUGCAACAUGGACGUUGAUUGCGGAAAGCUUCUGGUCUGCAAACCAGACUUAGAUUGCGUGAAGACUCUGCAUUUUGAUACAGAGUUGAAUUGUAAUCUUGGAAACUCUGUCCAAAUUCAUCCAGAACUUACAUUUAAUACUUGCACAAGUGAAGUUUCAAGAACAUACUUCAUGGGAAAGUCACCAUUCCCAUUUGUGGACGAAUUUAUAUUAUCUGUUGCCUCUGUUGGGAAUAUACCAGGAAAAAUUCAUAGUUGGUAUUUAUUCUCUGAAUUUGGACUGCUGAUCUACAGCAUGACAAAAAAUAGAUACUGUGAGCGAAUUGGCAGACAACAUAAAAGCAAUAAUGUGAUGUACGUUGUUGACCUAAAAAGGGUAAUGUACUAUCAGAAAUGUUAUGAUCCUGACUGCCGAGGUUUUCGAUCUUCUUCGCGACCAAUUCCAAUUCACUUGUUCUCCAAUCCUUCAGUUGUUGGUUCAUCUGGGAUGUCGAAUGAUAAACAGCCAGUAGAUGAUAAGUGGGGACGUCAGCCUGAUGAUAACAACAAACCCAAUUUUCUACAAUAUGAAGACACUGUUGAGGACAACUCCAGUGAUUCUUGGUGGCUAGAAGCCAUAAAAGUAGUAGAGGAUGUGGAGAGUAAGCAAAAUGCAACUGAGUUAAGCACCCAGGAGGUAAUUGAUGAUGGCGAUGAUGAGUGGUGGCUGGCUGCAGAAAGGACUGCAUCCCAGAUUGAACUGACAUAUACUUCAACUAAUUCAGAAUGUUAGCACCAUAAUUCAGCUCGCGAAUAACGUGCGUUGUAUGCAUGUCCAUUUUUAUGAUACUCUAAUCAUAGUGUCUCUGGGAUGAAAUGGAUGUCUGCGGCUCUCUAGUUGGAUCAACAAUUAGAUGAUUGAAGCCAGGAGAGGGGGUUGCUAUACUUAUCCGCAGCAACCUAACAUAGAGAGGAGAUCCUGAAAAGAAGCAAAGUUUAUGAGAUAAUCCUGGAAGAAAAAUGAAUUUAAGUGUUGGAGAUAUGAAGCUCAAUCUCUCCUGCAGAAAACAGAACAGUCAGGAGAGAAUUGUAAAAAAGAGAGAAGAGAGAUAUAGAGAGAGGGAAGUCUGGUUGUACAUAUAUUUUUUGUUUUCAUUUUAUAUAAUGUUUAUUUCAAAUUGUUAAUAAGAUGUACACAGGGUUCUCAAACAAUUUUGAAGAGUGUUCUAGUCUUAAAAUUCGGUCUAUAAUAAUUUUUUUUC